AAAUAAAUGCCCUGACUUUAGAAAUGUGACAUAUGGUGUGAUGUAGUGCCACGAAAGGGUUAAGUGGAUUUCUCAUCCACGGUGUGGUGUACGGAGGUUAGUUAUUGUGGUGCAGAGCCUCUGGACGGCGCGCUGCAGCUCACGAACGCCAAGCCAACUUCUUUACUCGCCCAGUCACCACUAAACAAAAACAAUGGCGGAGCGAAGGAAGCGCACCGACUUGGAAUGUGACGGCACUCGGUCGUAGAACCAAUUGAGCGGGGAGAAUUAGCCCAUGGACGGGCAACAGUCAUAUCGCGAAAUGGAGAAUCCGACCGAAAACCCCAGCAAGGCGGUGGAAUACCUGAAGGAGCUCAAUAAAAUUAUCGAAACACAACAGGAGUUGUUAGAGACGCAAAAGAGUCGGAUUGAGGAGCUCGAGCAGCAAGUAACCGACCUUUGCAAAGAAAAUGCUUGUUUGAAGGACCAGCACCAGAGACACCUGGCCACCUGCAGACUCCAACAGGGGAACAGUCACUCCACGCUGGGAGCGAUAAAAGAAAAUGUUAUACAGGAAAAGUCAGAGAGUGAGAGCUCCAGGAGUUUCAGACGACACGCUUCUUUGCCUAUUGACGUCACAGGUAAUCCCGCCCUCUUUGUGCCCCCGCCGUGCCGAAGAAGUUACCCCUAUCGCAAAUGGAAGUCUGCAUCGUUCGGUGUGGAAGCGGAUGCCCAGGGAGGUGAAGUGGGCCCGUCUCUGGAGACCAGCGGUGCCAGCUACGCCCGCGGGCCCGUGACGCACGGCGCGCUCGUCAGCAGCCCCGUGGACCGCUUCGAGGCGCCCAUCUACGCCCACGUAGUGCCCGGGCAGCGCCCGCGGAGACCCAAGCUCCAGCACUCGCAGUCCAUCCUGCGCAAACAGGCAGAGGAGGAGGCCAUCAAACGCUCGCGCUCGCUCUCCGAGAGCUAUGAGCUCUCCACCGACCUCCAGGACAAACAGGUGGAGAUGCUAGAGCGUAAGUAUGGGGGGCGUUUCAUAACCCGCCAUGCAGCACGCACCAUCCAGACAGCCUUCCGCCAGUAUCAGAUGAACAAGAACUUUGAGCGACUGCGGAGCUCGAUGUCGGAUAACCGCAUGUCCAGACGCAUCGUCCUGUCCAACAUGAGGAUGCAGUUUUCCUUCGAGGGGCCAGAGAAAGUGCACAGUUCCUACUUCGAGGGCAAGCAGGUGUCGCUGACGGAUGACGGGAGCAAGCUUGGCGCUCUGGUGCAGUCCGAGUGCCGCGACAUGGUGCCCGCCAACAUGAAGUCCCCGUCCACCACACUGCCCGACUUCAACGACGCCAUCACCGAGCUGGAGGACGCAUUCUCGCGCCAGGUUAAGUCGCUGGCCGAGUCUAUCGACGACGCACUGAACUGUCGCAGUCUCCACGGCGACGACCCGCAACCCGAGCCGGGCCGGAGUCUUCCGGACCUGGAGCGUGGUCACUCGGAGGUGGUCGCCUACCAGACCAAGCCGCUUACGUGCAGCACAGGCUCGGACCACAAGCUGGACGAGAUGACGGCGUCCUACAGCGACGUGACGCUCUACAUCGACGAGGAGGAGCUGUCGCCGCCGCUGCCCCUUUCGCAUGUCGCACACGCGGCCGAGCGGCCGUCCAGCACCGAGUCGGACUUGCGGCGGCGCUCCUACAACUCCUCGUCGGCGGAGUACUGGUCGCUGGUGCACAAGGACGACAAGGGUGGUAGUGGCGGCGGGGGGGAGACGGACACCAGCUGCCGCAGCACGCCCUCGCUGGAGUGCCAGGAGCAGCGGCUGCGCAUCGACCACCUGCCGCUGCUCACCAUCGAGCCGCCCAGCGACAGCUCCGUGGAUCUCAGCGACCGCUCCGACCGCAGCUCGCUCAAACGCCAGAGCGCGUACGAGCGCGGCGGGCUUAGCCAGCAGAGCAGCCCCAAGCACGGCUCGCACCCGUCCCACCGCGAGCUGCCCCCCAGGGGCCCGCCUCGCAACGACGAUGAUGUCAUCGGCAGUGGCGUGCCCCUGCCAGCGGUGGCACGGCAUCGCCCGCGCCAGCUGGAGAGCCACCUGGCCAUCAACGGCACGGCCAACCGGCAGAGCAAGUCCGAGUCGGACUUCUCGGACGGCGACAACGACAGCAUCAACAGCACGUCCAACUCCAACGACACCAUCAACUGCAGCUCGGAGUCGUCGUCCCGGGACAGCCUUCGCGAGCAGACGCUCAGCAAACAGACGUACCACAAGGAGACGCGCAACAGCUGGGACUCGCCCGCCUUCAGCAACGACAUCAUCCGCAAGCGCCACUACCGCAUCGGCCUCAACCUCUUCAACAAGAAACCAGAGAAGGGUACUCAGUACCUCAUAGAGAGGGGGUUUGUUCCUGACACACCGGUGGGCGUGGCACACUUCCUGCUCCAGAGGAAGGGGUUGAGCCGACAGAUGAUUGGCGAGUUCCUUGGCAACAGGCAGAAGCAGUUCAACAGAGACGUCCUAGAUUGUGUGGUCGAUGAGAUGGACUUCUCAAGUAUGGAGCUGGAUGAAGCCUUACGGAAGUUCCAGGCCCAUAUCAGAGUACAGGGGGAGGCCCAGAAAGUCGAGAGGCUCAUAGAAGCCUACAGUCAGCGUUACUGCAUCUGCAACCCUGGCGUGGUGCGUCAGUUCCGAAACCCCGACACCAUCUUUAUCCUGGCCUUUGCCAUCAUCCUCCUCAACACGGACAUGUACAGCCCCAACGUCAAACCCGAGAGGAAGAUGAAGCUGGAGGACUUCGUCAAGAACCUGAGAGGUGUGGACGAUGGUGAGGACAUCCCCCGUGAGAUGCUGAUCGGCAUCUACGAGCGAAUCAGGAAGCGAGAACUCAAGACCAAUGAGGACCACGUAUCCCAGGUGCAGAAGGUGGAGAAGCUCAUCGUGGGCAAGAAGCCGAUUGGCUCUCUGCACCAUGGCCUCGGAUGUGUGCUGUCCCAACCUCACCGCAGACUGGUGUGUUACUGUCGGCUGUUUGAGGUGCCCGACCCCAACAAACCACAGAAGCUGGGCCUCCACCAGAGAGAGAUCUUCCUGUUUAAUGAUCUGCUGGUGGUCACCAAGAUUUUCCAGAAGAAGAAGAACUCGGUGACGUACAGCUUCAGGCAGUCCUUCUCCCUAUAUGGGAUGCAGGUGCUGUGCUUUGAGAACCAGUAUUACCCCAAUGGCAUCCGGCUCACCUCCGCCGUCCCAGGUGCCGACAUCAAAGUCCUCAUCAACUUCAACGCGCCCAACCCACAGGACCGCAAGAAGUUCACCGACGACCUGAGGGAGUCCAUCGCCGAGGUGCAGGAAAUGGAGAAAUACCGCAUUGAAUCCGAGCUGGAGAAGCAGAAGGGCGUGGUUCGGCCCAGCAUGUCGCAGAGCUCCGGCCUGAAGAAGGACGCGGGGAACGGCAACCUGAGUCGCGCCAGCCUCGACGACAGCUACGCCAUGGGGGAGGGCCUUAAACGGAGCGCGCUCAGUAGCUCACUGCGUGACCUCUCCGACGCAGGCAAGCGCGGCCGCAGAAGCAGUGCAGGAUCGCUAGACAGCACUAUGGAAGGUUCCAUCAUUAGCAGUCCUCACAUGCGCCGGAGACCCACGUCCAGCCGCGACUGCCCGUCCCGCAAUAGCGGGCACGCCUCCCUCCCCAACUCCUCCUCCCUGCUGGGCUCCCUGUUCGGCACCAAGAGGGGCAAGUCCCCGCUGCCCCCCCAGGCCCCGCCCCCCCCUGGGCACCCCACCCUCAUCUCGCACACGCCCCACCCCACCAACCUGCACCACACGGCACGGGAUGGGGGGCCGGUCGUCACGGAGACGCAGGCGCAAAUGCACACGCACCACGGCCAGUUCUGCACACUUCAGCAGAACCCGCCGCCCUACCACCACCACCAUCACUACCACCCGCCGACUAACCUGCAGCACACGGCCCACCAGUACCACCCGCCGCCGGGCUCCUCCUCCUCCUCCACCACCCACGCCCACCCCCCGCACCCGCCCCACGGCCACGCGCCGCUCCCGCCCCAUGCCUCGCACUCCCAGCAUGCACCUCACCACCACAGCCAGCCGCCCCCCUCCGCCCCCCCGCCGGCCGCCACCAAGCCCAAGCACAGCGGAAUCAGCACUGUGGUAUAAAAAGAAGAAGCCUGCUCCACACACACACACAUACACACACACAAACACACACACACACACACACACACACACACACGCACACACACACACAGACACACACACACUUUAAAACACACACAUACAAGUUCUUCUGGGACAGUUACUGGCAGCGGACACCUGGCAGCAGCCAAGAUGAGCACACACUUGCUGGUGCGCACGUGUGUGUGUGUAGGUGAGAGAGAGCGAUUUUGCUGGCUGCUGGCUGCUGACCAGAGGAAAAAGAAAAUAGAUGGUCAGCUGGGAAGUGAUUUUUUUUUCCCUGUGGGGACACAAAUGACCUCUUGACCAGUCUGGAUUUCAUUUCAUCAGGUGCGCUCCCUCCUCUGCGAGUCCCGGCUACCUGCGUCAGGACAUUUUCAGAAGGCAGUUUGAGCCCUAUUGGCCUCGUGCCCUCACAGUCCUCAGACUCUCUAGCCUACCGAGCUAAGCUAACGUGACUGUUCUCUCCAGCUCGCUCUACGCUCGUCCUUCUAGAAGCUGUUUCACUAGUGAAAAUAGACAUCUCUCCUCUCCUUGAUGAACAACUACAACAACAACAACGACAACAUAAAAAAGCAAUGUGAAGCAAGUGCAUGCACAAAGACCAUGGCAACUGUUUCUCUUGUAAUAAUUACUUAUCUGGGCUUCUUAAAAGCAUUAUAAAAUAUCCUGAGUACUAGUUUUUUGCAGAAUCUGGUAAUGUCUCAUAAGAGUGAUUUUUAAAACUGGCUCGGGUUGUGAAGGAACAUGACAUGAGAGAAGAUGCUGAAUGGAAAUCGGUUACAAAAUGUAGGUGUUCCAGUAUUUAAUGUAGCUGUAGACCAGAAUUAUCUGUAAUACCUGUUAGCAGUAAUAAAUGUGCCAACUAUUCAAGCAGUAACUGAUUUAGUAAAAAAAAAGAAAAGAAGAGACUUGCUUUGUGUAUAUCAUGCAUAUAGUAUUUUGUAAAAUAAUGAUAAUAAUAUUAUCGACAGUUAUUAUUAUUGUUAUAGAGCAAAAUCGUAUGGAGGGAACCAGUUGGAGUUGAGCUGUCAGUAUUAAACCUAUAGAGAGUAAGAGACACACAUAGAUAAGUUAAAAACCAGUGGAAGUGAUAUUCUUGGGUAGGCAGUUCAAUGACCUGGACAAUCUCUGGUUGCCUUGGAAUCACUCUCGACUCUUGGAAUAUUCUAGAAUGCUAGUUUGCUGACCACACCCCUCCACCAAUACCACCCAUUUCAGUGUAAGUUGCUCUGUCAGGAAGAGAAGCUCACAAACAGGAAUAUUGGUGGCUGAGGGUUUUGGGGUGCAAGGAGGAAUACAGUGGGGAUUGUGGGGGAGGGGGGCAUUUGGUGGAGUCUCCAUUAGUUGGAGACUCUUGGGCAGUGACACAGCAGUUUCUGUCUGUGCACAACGGUUUUAUUUUUUUAACCUAUUUUUUUAGAAACGAAUAUAUAAAGAAAAAACAAUGAAAUACUGUACAUUAAAGAGAUGAUGUAUAUGGUUGUAAGAUGGUGUGAUUACGGAGGCUAUUUUGGAGAUAGCAUUAGGGUUUAUUUUGCUGAAGAGCAGAGCAGAGAAGGGUAGGGUGGGCCAUGUUUUGUUCAGUUUUUUUUUUUUUUUUUUUCUUUCUUUCUUUUUCCUUGUUUUGUGUCCGCGGAGAAGGAUGAGAAACACGCAGACUGUGCCCCCUCCCCCACCUCCACUACCACGACCCUCCACCAAAGUAAAGAACGUGACUUUCCUUUACAUUUCAGAAUUUCUAGCCUGAAGUUGACUUUCUCAGCUGGCUGAGUUUGCUCCUCGCAAUUCCCUGAUUUCACUGUGUCCCAACUGAAGUUUUUUUUAGUGCAUCCAAGGAUCACUUUGAUUCUGUCCAUAGAGAAACCCUCUGAAUGCCUUUCACUUUAAUGUAGAGAGAACAGCGACUGGUGUACAGUACACGAGACCCAAUAGGGUGUAAAUGUAAUGGUAUUUUCUAAUAGUGUACAGACUCCAUUUCACCUUUUGAAUAUAUUUAAAACAUCAGUGAAGUUGAUGUGGGCCUUCUUUCGCAGGUCCUCUCAUUUAAGCCGAUAUAGGACUUAUGUCCCGGCUCACAACUUACAGUGGACUGUAUCUGACCCUGGUUCUCUGGAGCGCAUCUACGCCAGAACCAGGCCUGACCUGGGCCAGACCUGGGCCAGAGUAUCAGCUAUCUUGGUAGAGAUGGAGGGAUACGGUUUAAUAACUGAUGAGCUUAUCAGGUGAUGUGUCGCAAACAGCACUUGUUUCACCUUAUGAAUUUUCACUUUAUGAGUAGUGAUCUGCGACUAAAUGUAGUCCCCUGGUCAUUUAACCGGGGCCAGUUUUAGUGUUUUCCUGAGAUUUUCUUUGAUAUACCUUUUUCCUUUUUGUUCUCCUUUUCUUUGUUGCUCUUUUUUACUGAUUGGUUGUGCAAUAUGUAUCAGUUUUACUCUGGUUGGUGUCUCUGUUUUAUGUUGCUGUUCCUUACCCCAUAAACAUGUUUGUUUCAGUAACCUGCAAGGGUUGCUUUCGUUUUGCAGAACCGGCUCUUCACAGAAAUGACGAGGAAUGUCAAAGAAAGUACUCUUGCAUGUAACAUUAUAUUGUAAUACUCUUCUCUAAAUAUUGUAUACUCCCACAAAUAUAUCAGUGUUACAGUGGACUAUUGUUGAAAUUGAGUGAUAAUAUUAAAAAGACUAGUAGACUUUCCACCGAUCUGAAGUCUUUGAUUGAGUUGUUUAUUGCAGAUGAGGAUGGAUUUGGGAUGAUUUUGAUCCCGCUGCAGCACUCACUGAAUGAGGUUCUCUUCAUCAGUGUGUGUUUAUGCCAGCCAGAUCAGUUACAUGGCAAUGACUUUCAUAUCAGUCAACGAAAGAGGAGUGCAGGCCUAAUUCAGCCCUGACAAUAGCACAGUUUGCAAGACAUACACAAGUAUGCCGCAAUCAAAGGAAGUUGUGGUCAACGUAAUUGAUGGCUAACCUCUUAAAUCCAAAUCUUAGCUACUUAACCAGAAUGAAUUAAAGUCAUUAUAGAGUCAUCAGGUAGAUCUAAAGGCAUAGUCAGUCAAAUCUGUAGAGGAUCUAGAAUCUCCUAUCAUUUAUGUUUACACAAUCAAUUUGUAAUCUAUAUUGAAUGAAGAAACUAAUUAUUAUCUAUUAUUAUCAAACAGGAAGUACUUGUGAAAGGAAUUCAUAAAUUAUGUCUGAAAUAUGUUUUAUAUAUGUUAUAUAUGUUUCAAAACAUUUUGCGACAAAUAAAAUAUCCUAAAUCUUUGUUUAUUUGAUUUUCAUCAGCGUUCUAACGUCAACAUAUGAUUGUUCAGAAAAGAAAUUGUGAUAUGAAGCACACAUGUUGUGGUCUUUUGGCUUUGUACAGAUCAGUUCAAACCACAAUUCUCAAAGCUGUGCAUGCAGUUGCUGCCUAUCUUCUCUGGGUUAACUGUAAGUUAAAUGAAAUGUAACUUCUGUUUUUUUUUGCCCUCUCCUCAACCUGUUAUCAGUUUGUUUGCAUUUUGUGUUUGUCUAUCAGUCUUUUUUAAGUGUCAUGUUCCUCCACAUUAGGCAGUAUGUUGCUUUGGGCAUGUAUCUCCUUCAUUUACCCAUUGUAAAUUAAGACCAUCGAUGCACUUAUGUAUAUGCGUAAUGAAGACUGUCCUCAUGUAUAUACCUGUAAGUCAAGUUGACGAACAUCUCAAGGAAAGGAUACCAAGGAUUCUGGAGGGGCACUGAAGGGGUGGAAACGUGGUUCAAAAUGUGUAUAUAGUGUGUAUCAUAUUAGUAUUCUAUGUCAACCAUAACAUCGAAAGGUGCAUUUCUCCCCCCCACCCCCCACCCCCCUCUUUUGAGGACUACUAUCAGCGUAAUGUCUUCUGCUACCAGGUGUACCAAAUUGUCAUAGGAACUGCAGUGUCUUAAAAAAAUUCGACUGUUACAUAACCAUGGCUUCUCCCCAUUAUUGUCCUCAGAAAAUCCUAUACUUUUGCCCCCAACUCAUUUUAUAUUUACGACAACAACAGAGGGGAGGAGGACAUUCAUUUUCAUAGUUUGUUUCUAAAAGUAGAUGACGAGACCCUGUUGAUGUAACACUUAAAAACUGUGACCAUGUUGAGAACACAAAAUAAAAAUGAUAUACUAUA